GAUUUUGAAAUUAAUCAGUCUUUGGAUGCACCGUCGAGUCAUUUAUCAACUAGUGACUGCUAUGGAUAACGAUUGGCGCGAAUGCGUCGAUAGUGAUCAGCAUUUGUAUGUGAUGACAAUCAAAGCCAAUAUAUCGCAUUGGUGUUCUAAAGUUAUGUUCAGCGUUAAUUCAAUUACUGCAGCAUUUUAUCUUUUGGGCGAAUACGCAAUUCGUUUUGUUUAUCUAUCUGGAGAUUACAAUGAUACCUUUCGGCAGUUUCCAAUCAAGGUACAAUUUCCCUUCGAAACUCAACAAUCACCGAUUUUUGAGCUGCUGGCUGUAACUCUAUUUCUACACGUGAUGUUAAAUGCAUGCACGCUCGCUAUUGUGAACGCAUUAAUUUCUACUUUAGUAAGUGUCUCAUCGUAUAAAUUAUUGUAAUUGGUAUAUUAGACUAAUAGAUCAUAAAUAUUAAUACUUUCUCACAAAAGUUUAACAGUAUAUGAUGUCAAUAUAGACCUGAAAGUAUCAAGAUUACAUUUAGUUU